AUGCCGAACAAGAAAUCCAAGAAUGCCUCCAAGGGCAAGACCACGGCGACGAGCACAACCGUCGCCACUUCUCAUAUUCCGCAAGUCCCACCUCUGCCUAGCCUGUCUGAUGACUUCCGGAUCAAGAACGCCGAAGCGAAAAGCCUAAUAAUGGCAACCCUCGUCCCCGGCAGUGAAGCGUGGAAGAUCGCUGAACCCAUCCCACUUGCCUCCACCAUCAUGAAGACGCUGGAGGCGAGAUACGCGCCCAAGGACGCGGCCGGCAAGCCUCUGCGCGGCAGGGAUCUCAUGGCAUGGACGGCCACCAACACGAGGAAGAAUGAGCUGGUCGGCCUUCUUGGGCUGGAUAUCUACGACGGCGCAACCUCGACCGAGUUUAUUGAGGACUUCGUGGCGGGCAAACCCAUGGACAAGUAUAUGAAUCUGUAUAGGGAGAAGCUUGCAGUGGCACAGGCCCACAGAGCGAGAAUAUCAUCGAAUCGCCUCGCAGCAGAUGACCCAAGGAAGACACAAAUGGCGUCGAUCUAUGCGGAUCCGUCGAAGACGAAGCUGAAGACGGAUAAAGACGAAACGAGGCCGGACUCUAAUCUACCGCCAACCCAAGCAAUUGAAUCACCUACUCCUCAAGCAUCUAAUGUGUCCCAGUCACAACCGCAAGCUCAGCCUCCCUUGCAGUCUCCAGACGACGCGGACCUUCCCAUCCCAGAAACAUUCGAUCUCCACCCACAGCUUUCAACGUCCCCUCAGACAGCUGGCUCAACCUCCUCAAACUCGAAAGCACAUCCUGUCAAACACGAGUCCUACCUCUCCGAAAACCAGGCGACCGGCUUCGCUCAUGACGAUGCCGGCCGCAAACAGCAAAUUCAAGUCGCCGCCGCAAAGGCUCUCAUGCAGAAACUCCCUACUCGCGAUUUGAGGCUCCUCUGGGCCGUGCUGUGCGGUGGGGAAAAUGCAGCUUGGCCUGAGAGUUGUUCGAGCGUGAUUCCUGGAGUGGCCAGUUGGCAAUGGGGAGGCAAGACUUACGAGAUUGAUCACAAAACCCGUGUGCGGAGUUGGAAUAACAAGGCCGAGGAGAAGGGGUGA